AACUGUUUAUGCACUCUUGGUUGUACAUGCACGAAAAUAUUGGGUUGUUGUUGUUGAAUAUCCCUUGCGCUUGUGCGGGCUGUUUUUCGUUUAUGCUCACUGUCGUCGACUGGAAAAGAGCAACAUGACUGAGGUUGAUUCCACAUACGCUAGUAGUUUCUCACUUCCACCAAGAGAAGCGUUUCGGAAUUUGGAAAAUGCCAAGCGCUUCGCCAUUGAUAUCGGAGGCUCAUUGGCAAAGCUAGCUUACUAUGCUGAAGAACAGCGGCCUGCUGUCCGCACCACCAAGCAAGAGCAGGACGAUAGCGAAGAGUCAACUGGUUUCAAAGUUGAAACAAUAAAUGAGCCUGCGGAGGUGCUUCACUUUGUCAAGUUUGAGACGCGGUAUAUCGAGUCAUGUCUGGACUUCAUCACCAAGGAAUGUCCAGCUCUACGCAACGGCAGCUCAGGCCACAAGCAAGGCCAGCAUUUGAAGGCAACAGGUGGCGGUGCUUUCAAGUACCGUGCCCUGUUGGAGGAGAAGCUUGGUGUUCUCGUAGACAAAGAAGAUGAAAUGCAUUGCUUGAUCACCGGUGCCAACUUUGUCCUGAACCAUGUGCUCAACGAGUCCUUCAUCUACUCUAAAGGUGCGGAUGGUCAGUCUAACUAUCGCUAUCGCAACAACACUGGCAACAAUAUCUUCCCCUAUUUGCUGGUCAACAUCGGCUCUGGUGUCAGUAUUCUUAAGGUGGAUUCUCCCACUGAGUAUCAGCGUAUCGGUGGUACUGCUAUGGGUGGUGGCACCUUCUGGGGUCUUGGCUCUCUGCUCACAGAUGCACAGGGGUUUGAUGAACUUCUGGACUUGGCCGAGAAGGGAAGUAGCCGCAGCGUUGAUAUGCUGGUGUCCGACAUCUACGGUGGUGAGUACGCUGCACUAGGUUUGCCCGCCGAUCUGACAGCCAGUAGCUUUGGCAAAUGUGCCCGCUCCAACCAGGACAAAGCCAGAGAAGAUCGACCGAAAUAUCGCCAGGAGGACAUCACCAAAAGUCUCCUACACUUCAUCAGCAAUGAUAUUGGCCAGAUUGCCUAUUUGAACGCUCGCUUGCACAACCUGGAGAGGAUUUACUUUGCCGGGUAUUUCAUCCGCGGCCAUCCGUUGACCAUGCACACCAUCUCCUUCUCCAUCAACUACUGGUCUAAGGGUGAUAUCCAAGCGUUGUUUCUCCGCCAUGAAGGAUACCUUGGCGCCAUUGGUGCGUUCUUAGCUGGCGCCGGACCAGAUGACACCAGUUGGAUUGAGCACUCUUUUAGCAGUGUAACACCCCAGCGAAAGGACACCAGCAUUUCGUACGACGUCCUGGAGUUGGAGCGGCAGAAGUGGAAGCUUCAAAUGCUGCCCCUACUUGCCUCACGAAGCACCUACAGUGCUGAUUUGUUUGAUCUGACGAAUGAUGCAAGUGCACGUGAACACUGGAUCAAGCUCAUGCAGGAUGGUGUGGAUAAGGUUGCCCAGCAUGCUGCGUCAAGUCAGCUGGGAGUACCAGACGCACAAGAUAGGGCUCAGCAGUUUAAGAAGAACUACUUGGAACGUAUCAGCUGUCUAAACACCUCGCCGAAUCGUUACGGCUCACUGAGUAUCCGUAAGCUGCUGGACAUCCGUGGACACUGCCUGCUGGAAGCUGGAUUCUUUGAUCCAUACUCAAAGGAGAAGCAGAAUGAAAUUGAAGCUGCAUUGGAGCUGUUCCAGCCGCAGAUGGAGCGCCUGCAAGCACUGCCGUUCCGUGAGCGACAGCUAGCACUCGUAAAGAACGUGCUCGCCGGAAACAUGUUCGACUGGGGCGCCCAGGCCGUGGUCAGGCUCCUGGAAGGCGACGGCUUUGGCUUUGAGGAGUCCCUGAAGCAGUUGCCAGAUCGGCCAUGGCUGAAAGAUGGGUUUGAUGAAUACUGUAAGCGCUUGGAGGAGAAGCCCUACAAGUGUACAAUGAUCUUUGUGGACAACUGUGGGUUUGAUAUCAUUCUGGGCAUCUUCCCACUCGUCUGUGAGUUCUUGAAACAGGGCACAAAGGUCAUCUUGGCUGCUAACUCUCAGCCAGCACUGAAUGACGUACAACACAAUGAACUGCUGCUGCUUGCCCACCGCGUAGGUCAGCGGGCGCCAGAAGUGAGGACUGCUCUGUUGGAGAAUCGUCUGGUCAUCGUCGAGACUGGCUCAACAUCGCCAUGCAUUGACCUGUCGCGUGUAGAUAGCAAGCUGUGUGAAAUGUGCCGUGAAGUGGACUUCAUUGUGCUGGAAGGCAUGGGAAGGGCUAUCCACACUAACUACACUGCCCAGUUCAAGUGUGACAGUCUCAAGGUGGCCAUCAUCAAGAACGAGUGGCUGGCCAAGCGGCUCGACGGCGAUCUCUUCUCUGCCGUGUUCCUGUAUGAGCCUGCCGCCACGUCUUCAGCAGACAACGGGUGUGCUGCUCAAGGCUGAUUGUCAUCAGCGUAUGGGGUGUGUGUUUCACCUCCUGCUUCUCUUUCAAAGUUGACCUGAACAUGAACGGUGGCACGGCACGGUGGAAGCUUCCCGUCAUGCUGCUCUCCACACAGUGAACUGGAAGCAUACAUGUACUUGGUGGCCAUGAACGUCUCGUUAUAAAAUGGCGUGCGUAAGCAUCGUGAAUGCCAAGUGCUACACGUGGCGUUCGUAUUCGUGCAGACGGUCAUCGCCAGAAGAAAGAACACGACGAGCACACUCUCCGCCGAUCGCGAGACUCGGUGUGUGUUGGCCGUGCGCUCGAGUAGUGCAGAACCACUCCGCUUGGCUGUGACGGUCGUUGUUCUUGGGCCGGCGUCCCUUCCCUCUCCCCUAUCUAUUGGUAUGGUACACCCGUGUCCAUAUUCCAGCGCGCCUAAGGUGUGCCCGCUUCCGUGGGUCCUUGUUUACCUGUCGUGUUGGUAACAAGUUGGCUCUGUAUUUUACUUCUGCCCUGGACAUGCACACUUUCUCUUCUCUAUUUUAUAUUUAAUUCCAUCCGAUUGAACUCGGCAUCUCUCUCCACCAAUCACUGGGAGUUCGCUUUGCUGUUGAGAAACCAGACAAGCAAAGGAAUUCCCAGACUGUGAUCCACAUACACCGCUCUCCACGAUCGUGACGCGCAAUGUUGAUAAUGGACAGGCCAGACACCAUCACGAGUUGCUGACAUCUUCUUAUUGUAGAUUGUAGAAUUUUUAAUUUCAAAAUGACAUUGUCUUGUAGUGAAGUAGGCAGACACUACCUUGAUCGUAUUAGGCUUGUAUGAACUGACCACACGUCUACAUUCUACAUGUACAUGAGACAUGUACUGUCUAGUACCUAGAACCAGUCCAUGUGUUCUCGGUUUGAGAUACAACAAACACGCCCCCCCCCCCCCUCUCUCUCUCUCGCUUUUGCGGCGUAACGCCCUGUGAACAGCAACGCCGAUAUUUUAA